GGUCACGAUUCUAUGCUACUUGGUUCAUUUUCUACACAGCAACAGAAAAGCCCUCCUGAGAUUGCUAUUACCAUACCCGCCUGUCACCUUGCCAAGGCUGGCCAAUGUGUGUUUUGUCAUAGGCUGUCAUGGAGGCCAUGAUGGAGGAAAAGGAAAGGGGAGGCAGAUGUUGAGGCCCCAGAGGCCACAGUGAGAGCAGUUUAGUUCCUGGGGUGCCAGGACUAAGGGGGCAUUGCCCUGUCCCCAGGAUUACAGUGAGCCACAUGUCAAGCCCAAGAGCCAGGAGGUAUUCUUCCUCUCAGUGUUAAUAAUCAAAGCAUCCUGACGCCAGCAGCCAGUUUUUAUGGAAUCCUGAUCAUUAUUACCACAGUGGAGGGCUGACCUCAUAGAGAGGCUACCCUCCUUCCUUAGUCACCCAAACUUGUGAACUAUGAUUGUCAGUUGUGUGUGGGCCAUCUGCCCACUUAGGAUGCAAUUUUUGAUGUGACAGACAUUCCGGAUGUCCAAUUCCCCUGUGAUGAGAGCUGAGGCUUCGAAGACCUCAGAGGACUUCUCUCAGCACUCACAGAAACCUCCUACACCCUCGGAUGGCACAAAGGGACUGUUUUCUUACUCUUAGUCUGAGUGACUGCCAAGAAGGAAGGCAGAGGUAGAGCAACUGGAUCUCUGGCUCUCCACAUAGCUUCUGAUCUCAGACCUUACUAAAACGCUUUCUGGGCCCAAGGACAAAGCUCACAUGAACAAAUGAUUUUGAGUCAUGAAUGAAAAAUCUUGUUCUUUCCAUAGUAAAGAAGAAUUAAGAGAUGGACAGGGCGAAAGAUUGUCUGCUGGAUAUUCUCCAUCAUAUGACAAGGACAAGAGUGUUCUGGCUUUCAGAGGAAUCCCUAUCUCAGAGUUGAAGAACCAUGGCAUUCUCCAGGCUCUGACCACAGAAGCUAAUGAAUGGGAGCCACAUGUUGUGAGUACAGAGGUGGUCAGAGCCCAAGAAGAAUGGGAAGCUGUGGACACCAUCCAGCCAGAGACAGGGAGCCAAGCUAGCUCAGAGCAGCCUGGGCAGCUAAUCUCCUUCAGUGAGGCCCUGCAGCACUUCCAGACUGUGGACCUUUCCCCCUUCAAGAAAAGAAUCCAGCCAACUAUUCGAAGGACUGGGCUCGCCGCCCUCCGACACUACCUCUUCGGGCCUCCAAAGCUCCACCAGCGCCUUCGGGAAGAAAGGGACUUGGUCCUCACCAUUGCUCAGUGUGGCCUGGAUAGCCAAGACCCAGUGCAUGGCCGAGUCCUCCAGACCAUCUAUAAGAAGCUGACUGGCUCCAAGUUUGACUGUGCCCUUCAUGGAGACCACUGGGAGGACCUGGGCUUUCAGGGAGCGAAUCCAGCCACAGACCUGAGAGGCGCAGGCUUCCUUGCCCUCCUGCAUCUGCUCUACCUGGUGAUGGACUCAAAGACCUUGCCGAUGGCGCAGGAGAUUUUCCGCCUGUCUCGUCACCACAUCCAGCAAUUCCCUUUCUGUUUGAUGUCCGUGAACAUUACCCACAUCGCCAUCCAGGCCUUGAGAGAGGAGUGUCUCUCCAGAGAAUGUAAUCGGCAGCAGAAGGUCAUCCCCGUGGUGAACAGCUUCUAUGCCGCCACAUUCCUCCACCUCGCACAUGUCUGGAGGACACAGCAGAAGACCAUUUCAGACUCGGGCUUUGUCCUCAAAGGUGUGCUCUUUCUUCUGGGGAGGCCUAGGCUGAAUGCACAGUGUCCCAGGUCCAGAGAGCCCAAGGUGGUUGCUAGACUGGUUUUGGCUGCAGUUCUUCCCCAUCCACACUUUCUCAAAUUCCAGCUUACCAAAAUCUCCAUCACCCACCCCCUGGAGUCUGCUAGUUCUCCUUUCUCUGCCCUGACUGUCGCCCUUUUCUGGUCUUAUACUUAUGACAAGCAUAUAUUCUGAUCAAAAAUUGGGAGCCAGGGUCCAAUAGUUGGACUAUUCAAAGUUGCAAUUGUGCGGACAAGGUAGAGUGUGUGGUCCCUGUGGCUGUACCUGACUCCCCAGCCUACCUCUCUGGUGAUCUCUCCAUCUGAGGCUCCUUCACUUUCUCUCCAUGGGAUAGGGGUUGGGGGUACUCCCUAGAGCUGCUAGGCUUGAGGCCCUGACUAUUGUGUCACCCAGAGCCCCCUCAAGCCUUCUGCUCCCCAAUUCUCUCUGUUGCAGAGUUGGAAGUAUUGGCCAAGAAGAGCCCACGGCGGCUGCUCAAGACCCUGGAGCUGUACUUGGCCAGGGUGUCAAAGGGACAGGCCUCCUUGUUGGGAGCACAGAAGUGCUAUGGGCCAGAAGCCCCUCCCUUCAAGGAUCUCACCUUCACAGGUGAGAGUGACCUGCAGUCUCACUCAUCCGAAGGCGUAUGGCUGAUCUGACCUCCUAGAUGAAUGGAGGCUUAAAGGCUGAGCUGCAGGGGCUUUCAGAGGGUCAGUGGAGCCAUGUCAGGAGCCUGGCCAGGCCGCACCCCUUGCUGUCUCAGCAGAUGGGAUAUAGGAAGCUCCUGGGCUUAGCUGUGGGAAGCCAAGUACCUUCACCGGCAUGGGACAUGAGGGGCAGCUAGACUUCACCCCCUUCCCGCAGACCUGCCUCCAGGGCAAGGAGAAUUCUGCCUUAAUCUGUUGGGCUCCAGUCUCCGGGUUGAAUUCCAGUGUAUCCCACUGGGAGUGAAUGGAUCAUGAGGUGGGAUGGCCCCAUCUGGAUGUUCUGCAGAUCCCCACAUGGGAGGAGAUUCCCAAGUAGAGGCAGCCAGAAUUCUGACUCCCUGGCAGCAGCAGGGCUUUCAGGCACCAGUGUCUGUGUUGUUAGAACUCAGAGGAAGAGGCAGGGGCAGCAGCCGACAGGGGGCAGCAUGACCCAAGCAAGGGGCCUGAGGCCUCAGUGGGGGUAGGGCAAGGAGGUACCUCACAGGUGGGUGUCAGGCCCCCUCUGGAGUUUCUGGCCAUUCACUUACCCACUCUCUUCUCCCCCUGACCCCCGCUCCAUUGUUUAUGAUGGAAAAAUGUACAUCUGGCUAGGUGUCUCUCACGGCUGCUCCAUCCUAGCCCCCACAAGCUGGGGCUUCCUCCUGUAGAUGCUGUGCAUGCCCCAUGAUGGGUUUCUGGCCUAAUUGAGGGAAGGAGGAAAUUCAUACCAGCAGUUUUCAAAUAAAAGAAUUGUUCUAAUUAA